ACACGUGCCCUGCAAAAACUCCAAAAAUAAGAAACAUAAUUUCACUUAAUACAAUAAAAAGUGGUGCUUUCAAAAAUUACGUAAAAUUCUGACAGACUUUAUAAAGUGCAAAUACGUUCAACCAGUAUAAAAUUCCAACACGUUUCUGUUUAAAACUGUAGUAAUUUGCGUCGGCUAACGUUCGAACUAUUCCCGCUUCCAUAAAAGUGCAACCUCAUUCUGACCCAAUAAUUCCUGAUCGUGAAACCAAUUCGCGUUUGUUGGACAUUUAAAACAGAAGAUGAAACUGUACCCUCUAGUGUUUAUAAUAGUGAGUAUCGAAGCAAAGGCUAGGACUAAAUUCUGUGACGUGGCUUCCUCUGACCCAACAAAACAUUGCUUCGUGAAAGAAACUUUGACGACCAUUGCACACAGCCCCAACCAACUGUCCGUGGACAAAGCCACCAAUACGCUAUACUUCAGCUUUGAUUUCGGACAAGGAGAGUACGUGCCGGCAAUACUACAUAUGGAUAGCAAAAACCUAAAUGUAUUAAAAGGGGUUAGAGACGCGUUUGCUAUAGCCAAUGAUCCUACAACAGGAGAAAUGUACUUCGGAGGCAGCCAUGGGAUCUACAAAUACAAUGCAGUCAGCAAGUUCCUGCAGCGGUUGAACAUUAACAACUUGGACAUCUGGUGGCUGUUCAUCAAGAAGAAUAUAUACUUUAUCAAAUUCCCAAGCCUCAGUGCGUAUUACUAUGAGAACAGAACAAUAAGAGCCGUUCCUGCACUAAAGGGUGAUAUAGUUCAUCAAUUUGUUUUGGAUAAAGAGGAUAAUAUUUUCUUUAUCAAUGGCUCAGGUUUGUUCGGUAUUAAGCAAGAUGAUACCUCGCCAGUAUUACUGAGGGAUCACCCAAGAUUUCUGGGGAUUGCGACGGAUAACAAUGGGGUCGUUCAUGUGUGUAGCGAGGAUGGUAUAUUUGUUAUCACUAAAAUGGUACAAAAAGUGAAGAAAGUUAUUAACGUACAAGGAGUAUUGGGUAUGACGUUUGACAAAUCUAAUAAUAUUAUCUAUUCCGAUUCCCACGAGAUCAUAAGGCUACUUCCGUUAUCAAAAGAGAAUUACAAUGAAAAUGAUCAUGGACAAUAA